AUGGCCUCAAAGGAUCACAAUGCCGAGGAGAGUCGGGUGAAUGCCACACCCCGACAACCUUCGCAAGAUCCGAUGGAUGAAAAAGCUGCUGGUAUGCACAAUGAGAUUGCUCACGAAGCGGCGGAAAGAGGUCACGUUGCCACCGACAAAUAUGGACAUGCGUUGGUGGAAUUCGACCCAAAGGUCGAGAGGAAGCUGUGCUAUAAGAUCGAUCUGUACAUCGUUCCGACCGUGGCUCUUCUCUACUUGUUCUGCUUCAUCGACCGGGCGAAUAUCGGCAAUGCUAAACUGGCGGGCUUGGAGAAGGACCUUGGCCUCAAGGGAUACGACUACAAUAUCGUCCUGACGGUGUUCUACAUCAGCUACAUCAUCUUCGAAAUCCCGGCGACGACUGCUUGCAAGUACUUCGGCCCCGGUUGGUUCAUUCCCGCAACCUCUCUCGGCUUUGGCAUCUGUUCCAUCGGGACAGCCUUUGUCCAUCACAGGGCAGCUGCGUGUGGUGUACGAUUUCUACUUGGUAUCUUUGAGGCGGGCAUGCUUCCCGGUAUUGCAUAUUACAUGUCGAGAUGGUAUCGGAGGAGCGAAUUGGCUUUCCGCCUGGCUCUCUACAUCGUCAUGGCACCGCUCGCGGGGGCCUUCGGCGGACUCCUGGCUUCGGCCAUCCUCAAACUCGACCACUUCGGCGGCCUUCACCGGUGGCGCAUGAUCUUCGCCAUCGAGGGGAUCAUCACGUGUGGUCUGGCCUUGAUCUCUUUUUUCACAUUGACCGACCGACCCGCGACGGCGCGGUGGCUCUCGCAAGAGGAAAAAGACCUGGCCAUCGCCCGGGUCAAGUCCGAACGCGUCGCGACCACCGAGGUGCUCGACAAAUUGGACGUCCCCAAGAUGGUGCGAGGCAUCUUCAGUCCCGUCACGCUCGCCGUCUCGUUCAUCUUCUUGCUCAACAACAUCACCGUCCAGGGCCUGGCCUUUUUCCUCCCGACCAUCGUCAAGACCAUCUACCCUGAAAAUUCCGUGGUGUCUCAACAACUCCACACGGUGCCGCCUUACGUGGUGGGGGCCUUUUUCACCGUCCUGAUCCCCUGGCUGUCGUGGCGCUACGACCGUCGGAACGUCUUUUUCAUCGUCUCCGCCCCCCUCAUCAUGGCGGGCUACGUCAUGUUCCUGGCCAGCGAGGCCCCUCACACCCGCUACGGCGCCACCUUUUUGAUCACGACGGGGGCCUUUUCGUUCGGUGCGCUCUGCAACGCCCAGAGUUCGGCCAACGUCGUCUCCGACACGGCACGCUCCGCCGCCAUCGGAACGACCGUCAUGUUUGGCAACGUCGGCGGGCUGAUCUCGACCUGGGGUUUCUUACCCUUUGACGGCCCCAAUUAUCACAUCGGCAACGGAUUGAACCUGGCCACUUCUUCCACCAUCUUGAUCUGCUCCAUCGGUCUCUUGUUCUGGAUGAAGGCCGACAACAGGAGACGUGAGAGGAUGGACGUGGACUCCGAGUUGGAUGGCUUGUCCACCAAGCAGGUGCAAGAUUUGGACUGGCGUCAUCCGGCUUUCAGGUGGAGGUCGUAA